AUGGCUCCGUACUUUCCACUAGUACAAUCUAGUGGCACUGGCAAGACCAAGUUGAUGCACGAAUACAAAAAGAUGAUGGACAAGACCGACGGUAUCCAUGUUGGACUCAUUCUCUGCCAUGACGGGAGCGCUGUAGAAAUGAUGGCUGAAGGCGGCUCGAGUAUGUUUUCCAGGACUUUGGAUAUAAGCAAAAUAUCAGUGGAUGGUCCAGGUCGAGACGAACUUCACCUGACAAAGAGGGAUGACGGAUGGCAUUUCCGCUGCAUUCGGUGGUGGCUUCGAUUGUCCAAUAGGCCCAGCGAUUCCAGCGUGGUUGGCGUGUUUGCGGGGACGACGACCAGAUUAGCAAACUACUAUUCGGAACCAAAACCAUCGACUACCUCCAGAAGUGCAAACGCAAAGUACGUUGGAGGAACCAAGCUUUAUCCUCCAUGCUACCAGAUUACGACGACAGGUCUUGUUUCACGCACCGAUGGAACCAAGUUUGGAAAUGCAGGUGAACUCCGUGACAACGGAAAUGAGAUAAUUACGGAGUUUGAUGUUGCCACUCAAUACGGACGCGCCCUGUUCGGACGGAUGCAUCUAAGGCGAGAGUUGAAGGAUGCACUCGGCAAUAUCUUGUUGCGAAUGAGGGGCGAGGACAAAAAGCUGUCAUUACAGAAGUAUUAUUCGCUCUUGGCGACGCGGCUGCAAAGGGGUCAAGUGUCGUCUGAUUUCGCAUCAGAACUAGUGGCUUCGGGAUACGCCCAUUUGACAUACUUUUCGCCGGAGCAGGCCGCAGUGGCCGAGAUUGCAUUUCUUCCUGAUCCGGGCGAUGUCGGCGAGGUUGCAGCUGCCUUUUACAUGCUGGCAUGCGUAGACGAGUUGAGGUACGAACAAUCGCCAGGUCUCACUCAGCUGUCUGUUCCACUAGAGAAAUGGAUUGGAAGAUUGCAACAAAGCCAAGGUGCUGAUUGUGAAACUGCUUUCAACAGUGGGGAAGAAAAGGCAAGUGUCAAUUUCAUCCAAGUCUGUCGGCAUCAUCUACUUCACAGUUUGAAAGAAAUUCAGGAUAGCGGGCUUCUCAGGCAUUGGUAUCUUGGUGGACGAGCAUCGUAUGCGCAGGCUUCUUGCCAAGCGUACGACAUGGUGGUACCAUUGCAGUACACUUUGGACGGGACUUUGCACUACUGUCCCAUGUUGGUAAGCGUGAAAAAUCGAUUGACAUACCGUCCGAAGCAACGUGAAAGUGCAAUCGAGGCAAUGGAAAAAAUCUUCGAAGCCGCAGGCAUUGAGACUGGAGUAUGCAUGUUGUUGCUAGUUGGCCUUGACCAGCCAUCUGCAGAGUCAUCUUCGGCUUUGCGGUUCUCCCACAACACGGCUUCUACGGUGGUAGGACUUGCAGAUCUUGAAACUGCUCGUUUUUCCAAAGCGAUCGUGGACAAGGUGUCGAGGGAAUCUCAAGAGGGUUACCAGACGAUAAUAUUGCGAUAA